GGCGCAGUCGUUGUUAAUGACGCUUUCGUGCCUUUCAAGUCUAAUAAUGGUGUAAAUCUUGGUUGGUAGUUAUUUUCACUUUGCUCUUUAUUAUUGUAUGGAUAAAAGGCAUUCACAUGCUCUAUACUCUUAUUCUGAUAUCGAUAAAUUAUCUCCAUUAGAUGUUGAUAUGACCGUCAUAAACAAUCCAGAUUCUGAUAAGAGUGGCGUUUUACUGGACACAUGGUCUGUAAAUCACUCCAGUGAUUUAGUUUCAACCCCAAAUGAUUUGGUUUCUUUGGCAUGGCUUCAGAAAAGAGAUAUUUUGCAGAUAGCUCCGUUAGAUGGAGAAGAGGACGGGAGUGAUUCCGUUAGUUCGGCAAUCGCCGGACAAACGGAGGAUGACGAUAAUUUCGAGAGCAAUCCUAUCGUGCACAUGGAUUCGUUGGAGCCUGUUGUCAACCGUUCACCUUCACUAAUGCCUGUAUCACAGUUUUCAAUUCUAGACAGAUGUGUCCGACGACCUGCUUCUGUUUCUGGAGAUCAGCUCUCUCAUAACGAACAAUCGCGUUUCUCAACAAACCCUACUGUUCCUCUUGGCACCCACGGUCUUACAAAGCCGAAUUACAGCUAUACGCACCUUAUAUUUAUGGCAAUUGAGUCUACUCCACAAAAGUGCAUGACUGUCAAUCAAAUUUACAACUGGUGUGAAUCAAAUUUCCCAUUCUAUAAACAUGCUGGUGUUGGAUGGAAAAAUUCUCUUAGACAUAAUCUUUCGAUCAAUAAGUCUUUCAAGCGCCUACCUCGUGAUAGCCGUGUAAGUUUAAGUCCUUUUAUCGUGUUUAGUUUUGGGACUGUUCGAGAUUUACCCAUAAGCUUGUUUUCUUCCCUUACACAGAAUGAACCUAAUAUUUUGAACUGUCGUAGCCUCGAUAUGCUGUGCUCUCAGAAACAGGAGCAUGAGGAUUUUGAUGAUGAUGAGGUGAUAGAGAUUGUCAUACGCACAACAAAUGCACCUUUUAUAUCACUAAUAUUUCCUGACGCACCCGUGUUACUCGUGUUGUAUCGUAUUAAUUGUCAAAAUUUAUGUAAAUGCUUGUUGUGUAGACAAUUAACCACUUCUGUUGCUUACUUCUCAUCUUUUCUUCCGUCUCUUUCUAUCUUCAAAUAGGGCCCCGGUCGAGGUGCUUUCUGGACAGUUGAACCUCGUGAACGCGCAUCUUUGCUAGACGCUAUUAAAAGAAAUCCGUGGAACUUCGCCAAUGUGACUGCUAUGGGAUGUCACUUAUCUGAUGGUUCUAACAACGUUACUUCCGCAUCUGCAUAUCCAGUUAGACGUUUUGGUCUUGCACAUAGCGCUCCUAGUCACCUUUUACGAGCCGAGGGAUUGGGAAAAGAUAAACUUGAGUCAACCCCACACAUCCGUUUAUUGUAUACUAGCGAUGGUCAAGUCUUGGCAACUUAUGAUGCUUCAUUUGUUGAUCCGUCAAAAUUUGAAUAUGAUAUGACUGCCAGUAAGGAGAGUGCUGCAACCUUGUCUUCUGAUGUUCCUUUAUGCGAUCACAGAUAUUGGACUUCACCAUCUGGAGACACUGCCAGCACUGAUGGUGCGACGGCUGAGGUUGAAUGGCCAGCCGAAGAAGAGGAGAAGUAUUUGGAUACUUUACGCUUAUUAAACGAAGGAGAAGAAACAGUUGCCAAGUCACAAUCAACUAUAACAGAACCCCCAGAUGCGAGUUCAAUGAGUAAAACGAAGUCCGAAGCUUUGGAAAGCUUUAUCGGUACUCAUAUUUUGGAUGAUGCGAAACUGGUCACUAAACAAAAAAGAAAAUCACGCUUGUUACCAACCCGUAUAAGCAAGUGUAAUGAGUGUAAGGAAAAUACAUCUGGUUGUGAAUCCUGUCUGGCUAAGCGUUAUGAGGUCCUUAAUAGCAAUUACGUUCGUUCGGCGCUCAAAGAAUAUGAUCUUGAUAUUGGUAACAUGCUGGACUGUGAUCAGGAACCGGGGCCCGCUGGUGGACCACUUGUUAAGACAACGGCUACUAGGAUUUCUAAGUCAGCUUCACCAGUUGCCGAGGAAAAUGAAAGUGAUAUAGAUUCAUGUGACAAAAAAUCAGCCAACCCUGAAACAUUAAUUUAUUCGUCAGAUGAAGUUUACGUCACACCACCCCCGUACAUUGACCAUGAAUAUUCUCAUUGCCAAGCCCAACUGCGCCGACCUGAAGAAAAUCAGCUUGUAAAUAAAUUUAACGACAACUACUAUACAGGUAGACUGUCAGAAUUAAUGAACCUCUAUCCGCUUCUCAAAGCUUUUGUGGAUUCCAUAGUUCUAGAAACAGAUGCUAAUUAUGAAACAGAUGAAUUUGAUGACGGCUUCAGUUCAUCAGGAAAUGAUAUAUACAGUGAAGAGGAUUUUGAUGGGGGAAACCAUGAAUUAAAGGACUCGGGUAGUCAGGAUCUUUGUGAUUGCGAAUAUACUUUUUGCAAAAGGAGCUCUCGUCGCCAGCAUAUGGUUUCACCGUAUUUCGAAGCUCGUAAGACACGUCCGUUUAGAAUUUCAUCUCGUAAUGUUAAGCAGCGUAAGGGAACGAGAUCAAUGAAAUUAUCUUCAUUAAACAGUUGUCCCACUCGAAGAUCCAAAAGAGUUAUAAAGGCUCCUCGCCGUCCAUAUGAUGACUUUGAGAAGUCUCAAUACUAUAAUUAUGAAUUAGAUGAUGAGUCAAGAAUAUUGAUUUUUGAUGAAAAGGAAGGAAAUUUUAGUUCCAGUGCUCGAUCUAGUAUGAUGGAACGUUACAGUCGCCAUUCGCCUAAUAGUCAGUCAGAUAUUGAUUCAGAGAGUGCUGAGAAAUCUGUGGAUAUUGAGAAUGGUCGAUAUCGGUAUCAUAAUCAUCACCGAUCAUUAAAACGCGCUCGUCAACCUAUUUCAAGUACACAAACACAUUUAGAUAACAUCGUUGAUCGUUCGCCUUCUAAUUUGGAGGACUAUGAUUUUAGUUCUGAUCAAGAAGAAAGUUAUUUAUGUGCUGCUUCCACAUUACAAGUAAGCAAAAACAGGAUGACCUUAAGCUCAUCGCAUCAACUUAACAAACGAUCGCAAACAAAAAAACAGGAGAUACAUCUUGAUGUCGCUGGUGGUUGGGCUUCUAUGAAGUGGUCCGUUGAGCGGGAAAUAGAUGAACCUUCAAUUAAUUGUGUUAAGUUAGGAAGAAGUCACAACGGUUUUCCUGAUGAUGAAUGUGAUAAAAUUCAAACCUAUAAACAGACAGCAGAGGAGCCUGUUUUAAAACGCAAUAAACAGACGGCUGUUGAUGCAGCACGAUUACUGCUGGGAAUCAGUCAAAUCCAAAAUCUCAGACAGAAAUCUGAGUGUUUGAAUCUGGACACCAGUGUAGCUAGUUCAACAUUAGAUUUCAAAAGAACAUCCAUCUCCGGUACAGAUCAUGCCACUUCUGAAUCUAUGAUAUUACAAGAAGUGCCGGCCACUCUGAUCUAAAAAUUUGUCUUCUCGUUUCCUUCUUUGAAUAUGCUAUAUAUAUAUCUAUAUAUAUAUAUCAGUGAAUUUGAAUAACUCGUUGAUUUCAGGGUUACCCAUUCUAGUCUCAUUCGCUCAACGCGAAUAUUUCAACCCAUGACCUGAUUCACCUCAUCCUGCAAUAUUAGUUUCGCUUCCAUUUUUUCAUAUAAUUUUUCUGUUACAACACGUACGUUACUUUGUUUAUUCCAAUCACUGCGCCUAUUGACAGAGUGUUAAUUUUCCUAUAGAUUUUUCAGCAUCAGGUUCACGGCAUAAAUUAUCAUGUUGUUUUUGUCUUAUACUUGUUUAUCAUGCAAAAUAAUUUGUAGCACCCGCAUUUGUAUUUUAUCAAAGUUUUUCAGUUUACAUUAAUCAAACUCCUGUGCAGUAUUAACAGUGUGUUUGGAGGCUUCUCCUAACUUUUACUCCUUGCUUAAACGAAAAUUCCUCCACAUCUUAAAAUUAGUGCAAUUUCUGAAUUCGGUGUGGUUAUUUUCAAAACAUGCAAGGAAAGUUUGUUUUUUUACUGUAAUAAUCAUAAUGCGUUGUACAUUCAACAGUAUUGCAUGUAGAUGUUAUUUGUGUACUUUUCAUUUGAUUUACUGUUCUUCCGGUUAUUUUUGGAAGUGCAUUUUGUUGAUAUAUUUGUUAUUCAUCUGUUAUACUGGUUUGUAUCCUUUUUCCACAUAAAAAUCCAUUUACUGGAUUCUUUAGAUGAAACUCUUUAGUUAAAUACUUUGAUCAGUGAUUUUGAAUCAUCUGUCAAUAACCUAAUGUGCAGUAUUAUUUGUAUAGUUUAAGAGAAGUUAUCUAUUUCAGAAUGGGUAUUUUUUUAACUGAGAACUAUAAGGGUUAUUCGUUUUUGUUAAAAUCGUUUAAAAAUACUUUGGGCAUUAAUAGAAAGAAACCAAUAACAUUUAG